GUAAGGACUCCCUACUUGUGCUUGUUGUUAAGCGGCCGCUCCGGAGUCGAGCAGACGGGGCUGGCGAGCACGUUGCGACCGAUUGGAAGAGGACCGCAUCGGCAAUCACCCGGCAAGGUGUGCAGUAUUUGAGGUGGAAGAAGAGCCCAGAAAGGACUUCCUGUUGAAGCUGAGGGGUUCCCCCUCCCCGGGCGCCCCCUGUUCAAUGCCCCGCGAGCGCCAUGUGCCAAAGCUGGUGUGGUCUUAACACAGCUGUUUAAGACCCAGCCCGACCUCGUGCUUCUCCUCUCUCUUCAUGAUGAAGAAGGUCGCGGCGUGGUCGGCCGAGGACGUCGCCGACUGGCUGAGCAAAGAGGGCAUGCCGGAGUACGUCGACACCCUGCGCCAAACGGACGGCGCCGGCUUGCUGCGGCUCACGCGGGCGCACUUCCAGACGCCGCCUCUCCUCCUGGUGUCCUCGGACGGGGGUCAGCAGCUGCUGGAGCGGCUGGAGACGCUGCGGAUCGAGACCCACAUAGAGGCGCAUAAAAACGGCCACGCCAACGGCCACGCCGGCGGGCUGCCCAACGGCACGAGCGCGCCCCUGAGGAAUGGCGCGGUGCGCUCCAAGGACUGCAGGGUGGAGAUGGUGCACAUCCCCAUCCCUCCCAUGGACACUUUGCGCUCCUCCUUCCCGCCCGAGUGGGGCAAGACGGGCGUGGCGUUUGUCUACGCGGUGGUGUGCUUCGUCACCACCACCGUCGUGAUAUCGGUCGUCCACGAGAGGGUGCCGCCGAAAGAGCACACCCCGCCGCUGCCGGAUAAGUUCUUCGACCUGUUCGACCGGAUAGAGUGGGCCUUCUCUAUCUGCGAAAUCAACGGCAUGCUGCUGGUGGCGCUGUGGCUCAUCCAGUGGGCUCUCCUCAAGCACAGGUCAAUCGUAGGCAGGCGGUUCUUCUUCAUUGUGGGUACGCUGUAUUUGUACCGGUGUAUUACAAUGUACAUCACCACUCUGCCUGUUCCCGGGAUGCACUUCAAAUGCUCUCCAAAGCUUCUGGGUGACUGGGAGGCGCAUAUUAGAAGAGUCAUGAAGAUGAUCGCCGGCGGCGGCCUCUCCAUCACAGGCUCGCACACCAUGUGUGGAGACUACCUGUACAGCGGCCACACUGUCAUGCUGACGCUAACAUACCUCUUCAUCAAGGAGUAUUCCCCCAGACGGUUCUGGUGGUUCCACUGGCUCUGCUGGACCCUCAGCGCCGUGGGAGUUUUCUGCAUCCUCCUGGCCCACGACCACUACACUGUGGAUGUGGUAGUGGCGUACUUCAUCACCACACGCCUCUUCUGGUGGUACCACACCAUGGCCAACCAGCAGUCACUGAAAGAGUCGUCGCAGAGCAACCCCUUCUCGCGGGUGUGGUGGUACCGGCCCUUCCAGUACCUGGAGGAGAGCGUCAGCGGCACGGUGCCUUGCACCUACCAGCUCCCGCUGUGGGUGCGGAGCGUGCAUUGGAACCGGGGCGUGGCCUACAGCCGGCUGGACGUCCAGUGACGCCGGGUCACGGCGGCAGGCCAAGACUGUGAACUCCAAAAGUGGAAGAAGGCACUGUUUGAUGUAGCGCUCCGCCCUCUAAAAAGCAGGUGAUCCCGCUCCGACACGGGGAAAACUGUGACCCUCGCCCCGUUCUCCUUUUUUGUUUUUUUUUGUGCGUUUGUGCGUCCGUCCUCUUACUCUCCAAGUGGUAUAUGACAACACACGGCACUAAUAUUUUUACUUCUUAAUACUUGCUGCUUUUCCAAGCAUUUCAAAAACGUUUUCAGCACAAAAUGCUCAAGCCCCGCCCCUCCAAGUCCAAAAUGCCAAAUGCAUUUUUUUUUUUUUUUAAUAAAAGCAAUUUGUUUUGUAAAAAAAAAAAAAAAAAAAAAAAAAAAAAGUCGACGGUGCAAAUACUAUUUUUUCAAAGUAUGUUUAUUUUUCGACAAAAACAACUAAUGAUGUCCACCAAAAUUUUUUUUUUUUUUUUUUUUAGAUUUUUACCUUUUUCAAAUAUGCGAAUCUUAAUGUAAGGAAAUAUCUCAGUGCCUUUCUUAGCUUGAUUGUAAAAAACAAAACAAUUUGUCUCGCUUCCUUCUGACCUUUUUUUUGUCCCCUUGAAUGUAAGAAAAAAAAAAAAAAAGAAGAAAAAAAACCGGCAUCCUUAGUCUUUCCGUAAUGGAAACGUGUCUCCGGUAUGUAUUUAUGAAUGCUUUCUAACGUCCUCGUGCGCUCGGUGAGUGAGGAACUAUGACUGUUAAUUGUACCUUCAAAAUGUCCGCCGUCAUUUCCUUCAUCUAGACGAGUCUUGAAGCAACACCAGCCGUCACUCCCGGGUUCGGAGGCUGUCGACUGAAGGGUUACGCUAAAGGGAUGAUCAAGUUGGAUUAGUUCCACAGAAAGUCAAACAGGAGCUUGAGGCAAAGCUUCUGAAUGUGCUUCAAAGGAUUUAAAUUUGGAGAUUUCACUGUCCUCCAAAUGCGGAGCGAAAAGACUCUUACUCAAAGCCCCUUUCACACAGAAAUCCGGCAAAAUUACUGCAGUAGAUCUGGUGUUGUCAUUGCUGUUUGCGACUAUUGCUUCAAACACAACAGGGCGGACGAAGUAAGGGUUAAACUUCACAACCCUUUCUUGGCGUUGCAAAAUACCCUUACACACAGGACUUUGUCCCACCUCUGUCAAGGCUCAAGCACCGUUAUCAACACCUUUAUUUUGCUGCAGCUGGGUAUGAACAUCAAAAACAAACAAAGUGGUAAGGCAAUGCUAGAAAGGCAGGAGGGAGAUGUGGAGUUUGCCGCCCAAAACUCCUUUCCCACAAAUGGUAGAUUUUUUUUUUUUUUCUACCAUGUUUCUGUGUCACUGUUCUGUAUGAACAGCCCCAACACGGAUCGGUGGUUAGACUUCAACAAGGCCUCUCGAGGCAAAGCUUCUGAAUGUGCUUCAUAGGAUUUAAAUUUGGAGAUUUCACUGUCUUCCAAAUGCGGAGCGAAAAGACUCUUACUCAAAGCCCCUUUCACACAGAAAUCCGGCAGAAUUACUGCAGUCGAUCCGGUGUUGUCGUCGCUGUUUGCGUUUCUGGGCCGCGACUAUUGCUUCAAACACAACAGGGCGGACGAAGUAAGUGUUAAACUUCACAACCCUUUUUUGCCUUUGCAAAAUACCCUUACACACAGGACUUUGUCCCACCUCUGUCAAGGCUCAAGCACCUUUAUCAACACCUUUAUUUUGCUGCAGCUGGGUAUGAACAUCAAAAACAAACAAAUCUACCCGGCACAAACUGUACGUCUUUUUUUUAGAGGUAGUACCAGAGGCGGGACAGGGCUUCUGUGUGUAAAGGGAUGCUGGAAAAGGUGGAGACAGUAAUUUGAAGUUUGUCACCCAAGACUUACUUUUGUUUGUGUCGUGGCACAAACUGCUGUUUUGAGCAGUAACAAGAGUCAGAAUGCCGGGACAAUCUUUUUUUUUUGUCUGUUUUGUCCAGAAUUUUGCUGUUCUGUAUGAAUUGCACCAACACGGAAUAGGGGUUAAACAUGGACCAGGCCAUUUUCCACCUCUGAGGUGGUAAGGCAAUGCUAGAAAGGCAGGAGAGAGAUGUGGAGUUUGCCGCCCAAAACUCCUUUCCCACAAAUAGUAGAUUUUUUUUUUUUCCUACCAUGUUUCUGUGUCACUGUUCUGUAUGAACAGCCCCAACACGGAUGGGAAGGCCACUCGUUCCAGAGUAGCAACAGAGGCGGAAGGAGACGUCUUUGUGUAAGAAAAAAACUCACUUCCUCCAGCUAAUUUCCCACUUUUUCCCCCCACCGUUAUUGUUCUGUAUGAACGGCACUAACACGGUAUGGUCCUAGCAAAGCAGUAACAGAGGCGGGAAAGGUGUCUGUGUGUAAAGUAGGACGGGAUGUAAAGUUUGUCAAUCAAGACUCACUUCUCACUGCUCUUGCCCUUUGGAAUCGACCAGGCCAUUUUCCACCUUUAUAUUUAGUCAGAGAAUGGUAGAAAGGUGGGGCAGGGGGUGAAAUGUGUAACCCAAAACUCACUUCACCAAGCUCCUAUCCUACAGUAAAGCAGCAACAGAGGCAGGACAAGGCUUCGGUGUGUAAGAGAAUGCUGAAAAGGCGUUGUAAAAGCCACAUAGCACUGUGCAUACAGAACAGUGUAUAUAUAACAUGGAAUUGGGGUUAGAAAUCAACCAGGCAAUUUUUCACCAUCAGAUUCGGUCAGGGAAAAGUGGAAAGACAGGACAGGGGUGUGAAGUUUGUCACGCAAGACUCUCUUUUCCCAGCUCCUUUCCCACAUAUUGUAAAAGCUGUCUUUUUUCCCAUCAUUUUUCUGUCACUGCUCUGUAUGAACAACACCAGCACGUAGUACAGGUUUGAAUUCAAGAAAACCAUUCUCUGUCUUCAAAGCUCGUUCCAGAGUGGGAACAGAGGCGGGACAAGGUGUCUCUGUGUCUAAAAGACUGCUAAAAAAGGCGGGGAAAUGCCUGUUAAAGCUACUUCUCCACUGUUCUGUAUGAACAGUACCGACACAAAUCAGGCUUUGGGAUCGACCAGGCCAUUUUCCACCUUCAGAUUUAGUCAGAGAAUGGUAGAAAGGUGGGGCAGUGGGUGAAAUGUGUAACCCAAAACUCACUUCACCAAGCUCCUAUGCUACAGUAAAGCAGCAACAGAGGCAGGACAAGGCUUCGGUGUGUAAGAGAAUGCUGAAAAGGCGUUGUAAAAGCCACAUAGCACUGUGCACACAGAACAGUGUAUAACAUGGAAUCGGGGUUAGAAAUCGACCAGGCAAUUUUCCACCAUCCGAUUCGAUUAGGGAAAAGUGGAAAGACGGGACAGGGGUUUGAAGUUUGUCCCGCAGGACUCAGUUUUCCCAGCUCCUGUCCUACAAUUUGUAAAAGGCGGAGAAUUGCCUGUUAAAGCUACUUCUCCACUGUUUUGUAUGAACAGUACCGACACGAAUCAGGCUUUGAAAUCGACCAGGCAAUUUCCCACCUUCAGAUUUAGUCAGAGAAUGGUAGAGAGGUGGGGCAGGGGGUGAAAUGUGUAACCCUUAACACACUUCGCCAAGCUCCUAUCCUACAGUAAAGCAAUAACAGAGGCAGGACACGGCUUCUGUGUGUAAGAGAAUGCUGAAAAGGUGGUAAAAAUGCCAGUAAAAGCCACAUAUACGCUGUUCUGUAUGCACAGUACUAACAUGGAAUCGGGGUUAGAAAUCGACCAGGCAAUUUUUAAAGCUACUUCUGCACUGUUCUGUAUGAACAGUACCGACACGAAUCAGGCUUUGAAAUCGACCAGGCAAUUUUCCACCUUCAGAUUUUGUUAGAGAAUGGUAGAGAGGUGGGGCGGGGUGAAAUGUGUAACCCUUAACACACUUCGCCAAGCUCCUAUCCUACAGUAAAGCAGUAACAGAGGCAGGACAAGGCUUCUGUGUGUAAGAGAAUGCUGAAAAGGCGUUGUAAAAGCCACAUAGCACUAUGCAUACAGAACAGUGUAUAACAUGGAAUCGGGGUUAGAAAUCGAACAGGCAAUUUUCCACCAUCAGAUCCACUGUUCUGUAUGAACAGUACUGACACGAAUCAGGCUUUGAAAUCAACCAGGCAAUUCCCCACCUUCAGAUUUAGUCCGAGAAUAGAAGAGAGGCGGGACAGGGGGUGAAAUUGGUCACGCAAAACUCACUUCACCCCUUUCACACUGCCUUUAAAUGCCUUCAGAGAUUGUACCAAAGCAGUAACAGAGGCGGACCGGCAAGAUCUGAGACUCCCUUCUCCUGCGCGGUUGUGUUGUAAGCGAUGCAUGCAUUAUGCGAUCGCCGGACGCUGUGUGAAAGCACACACAGUGUCACAGUCGCGUGGCUCCUGCGUAAAAGGCACAAGGCGAGUGGAUGCCUAAUGCACCGUUACGGUGACUUUGCGGGAUUUCUUUGUGAAAGGGGCUUCUCGUACUACCUUCAAUGGGGCUUGUUUGGUGUGGCAGAGCAGCUUUGCCAGGCUGUGUUCCAGGAAUGUGAAAGUAACUGUGACCCGGACUUCAAGAGUCCGCCCCGACUGAAAAUUGGACCUUUUUUCAUUUCAAAAACGGACGACUUUCUCGCGGUCGGCUGAAUGAUCGGGUUUGUCCGCUCACGCGUUUCAAAGGGAGCAGGCGAGGGAAUAUCUUUGUGACUUUUGCACAGUGUUUUUAACGUAUAGAGCGGCGCUGUCCAAUCUUUUUUUGUUUUUUUUUCCUUUUCUACAAGAGCACAAAAUGUUCCUCAGCCAUGUUGUGGCGAUUAGCUUGAAGGAAUUGUCCAAAUUGGACUGAUACUGUCUGACGGGGCGUUGAAUGAAGGACAGAGAAGACGUUUGUCUCUUAGUUUGCCAAUCAAGCUGUUUGUUUUUAUUUUUUUAUUAUUAUUAUUAAUGAUUGUUAUUAUCCUGUAUGUUCUUCUGUCCAUUUUUUGGGGUCCUGUUUUGUGCAUAUAUCAGAUGUUUGUAAGAUAAAGGAAUCUAAAUGGGACGCUAUUGAAUUAAAGAUUUUACUAUAUUAUACUUUUACUGGGGUCUUUUUUUAAAUUUUUAUUUUUUUUACAUAUUUUGACAGAUUUAAAGGCCUACUGA